AUGAGAACGGAUAUACUAAAGAAGCUACCUUUUUUCUUCGGCGGCAAGCCUGUGGAUCAGGUGUACUUUCCAUGGCUGCUGUGCAGAAACAAGACAAAUGCUCCAGUCUGCGCCUUUAUUGAUGCGGGGUGGGUGCGCCACAACGACCAAAAGGACUACUUCGCGGCGAGAGCACGGCAAGAGCAGCAGAGGGAGGCCAUUGCACCACGUCCCCCUCGACUAUCAUUGCAGGAACGAUGGCAGCGUGGACUCCCACUCGCGGAUGAACCGAAGGAGGAGCCAUUCAUUGACCCGUACUAUGUUGCGAUAAUGAUUGCGAUGGCCCAGGCCUCACCUCGACCUCCUCCGCCUACUGGAUUCGGUCCACCUACUCUACAGGAAGAUCGAUCAUUAAAAAAAGUCUUUCUAGUGACCAUGAUGGAGAACGAGUAUGCAGCCACACUUUACUCUGCAGAGGUCACACACGAAUUCCUAAGAAAGCUCGAUUAUCCAUAUGAGCGCUCAGACGCUCAACUUUCGAUCCGCAAACAAUAUGUAGUCGUCGACCCCCCUAAGUGGAUUAUCGACAUGGCACUGACGGUUUUCGAGAGUAUUGACCGAUUUUACUGGUCUAUUGAUGAGGAGGCUAAACUAGCAAGGGAGAUGUACUCUCGUCAACAGAACGUUCCCACAUCAUCGCACGCAACCGUGGAGACUGCUCACAGUGCUACACCACCUAGUUUGAAGCGCAAACCAUCCUCCAGUGGUACAGAUUCGCCUUCUGACUGCGGCCCCCCCAAGCCUAAGCGCCCACAACUUGAUUUGUACGGAGGCAUAAGCGCCGACAACGUGCACUAUUCGGAGACUCCAGGGCAGUUCACCAAGAAUCCAGAAUACCUAAAUCAAGGCAGGACACGGUAA